AUGACAGACUCUACCAUCCUGAUCACGGCAGGUCCGUACCAAUUCCUCGGGAAGCUCGAGUCUGCUGCUCCCAAGACCGUCACAUUGUUCCGUUCUCUCCUCCCAUACCGGCAAAAGCUCAUUCAUGUGCGAUGGAGCGGCGAGGGAAUGUGGAUUCCGUUGGGCGAGACCAAUUUCAACCUCCCAUUCGAAAAUCACACCGCGCAUCCCGCGCCUGGGCAGAUUCUGCUGUACCCCGGAGGUAUCUCGGAGACCGAAUUCCUCUUUUGCUAUGGAGGAGUUGCUUUCGCAAGCAAGAUGGGAGCGCUUGCUGCAAACCACUUCUUGACUAUCACUGAGGGAUCUGAGAAUCUGCAUGCACUUGGAAAUCUGACGCUGUGGGAAGGGGCUCAAGAUGUGUUGUUCGAGCUGGCGGACGAGGAUAACUCAUGCGCAUAA